UCAAUUGUCUUGUCCGUACCAGAUUACCGCCAUGUGUGAGAGAGUCUGAACUGCUCUGGUCAAUGUUAAUCAUCCGUUAUUGAAGGACUGAGCAUCCCAGAUACCCUACAUUUAUGCAUGGAUCUAUGCGAUCCUUCUCAAUGUCGGCCCCAAGACGCCAUAUCACGGCCGACGAUGCUGCGGAGGGGCCACCGCUAAAGAGGGCAAGAAAGAAACCUGUCGCUUGCCAGAGGUGCCACACGCACAAGGUCAAAUGUUCCGGCGAACAACCUUGUUCCCGAUGCCGGCUGGCCGGUCAUGCCGAUACUUGCGAGUACGUUUCGCGCGAUCGUAAACUGCGAGUAGAUGAAAGUUACAUAGAUCGACUACUUUCUGAGAACCGUCACCUUAAACGGGAGCUGGAGCACUCUAGAGAGGCGUCUCCCGCAUCCAGAGCUGGCGCGUCCAGACCAGCCAUUUCAUCACAGGAUGAUGUCGAUCCCAGCAUCCAGAAUCCGCUUCUGAGCGAGCGGGCGUGGUUCCAGCAGUAUGAUCCCUCCGCGCCUCCAAUUUACAUUGCGGAAGCAGCCUGCACAGCGUUUGCGACUCGAUUGCGGCAGUUCCUGACGAAGCAGCCCACGACAGCUCAUCUGGCUCGGACCCAAUAUGUUAAAGAAUCAAGUAUGUUGAAUUUACAGGAUACCGGUGUUCAGUGGCCUAGCCUCACGCAAGCUCGACUGCUGGUCAAAAUAGCGUUCAAUCAGUCAGACGAGCUUUAUCACCUGAUGUUGAGAAAGUCAACGCUGGAGAAGCUUGAAGAAAUCUACCAGACUGGACAUUUCAACGACGAAGCACUGACCUGCAAGUAUUUUGCUCUUUUUGCUUUUGGUCAGGUCUACUCUUCGAGGCUGGAGGCAUCCGCCGAUUGUAGGGUACCUGGGACUGCCUACUAUGCUCGGGCUAUGAGUCUCAUCCCAAUAUUACCAGAGAGACCGAGUAUAACUCAUCUCGAAUGCCUUGUAUUGCUGUCCCUAUUCUCAUACUUCCUGAAUAGACGCCAUUCAGGCUAUAUAUUAAUUGGCAAUGCGAUGCGCUUCGCCCUCAUCAUUGGAUUGACCCACAACAUACCAGAGCGCCAAUGCAUGGGACCCGUGGAGCGUGAGCACCGCGUUAGAAUCUGGUGGGUCAUCUACAUGUAUGACCGCAUCCUGGGCUCAAAGACUGGAUUCCCUCUCCAGAUUCAGGAUGCAGAUAUACACGUGGACAUGCCGUCCGAUGUGGCCGGUGGCGUGGAAAGCGGGCAGUUUUCUGAUAUAGAAGACCUGACGGCAAGCAUCCAGCUCGCACGAGUCACGGGACAGAUUAUAGAAAAGGUAUAUACAAGGAAGAAGCAUACCGAGACCUUCCUACAGAGGGAACAACGGCUGUUGCUCUCCUUGAAGCAGUGGAUGCAAGCUCUUCCUAAACAUCUUAGGCUCAGACCCGAUGGCGUUACACCUAAGCACAUCAUUUCCCUUCAUCUUCAGUUCAACCAGUGCGUAAUGCUAGCUACCAGACCAGUCCUUCUGCACGCCCUCAUAGAACUCCAAGACAUUCGAGACCCGGCCGCCGGCUGGAAGAACCACGACAACGUCCCCCAGGCCGUUGUGACCCUAAGCGAGGCCUGCAUCCAAGCAGGACGACAUUCCCAUUCUCUGAUCGUCAAAGAAUGGAUCGACGGAUCGCUCCCAAUGUUCGGAUACUUUCAUUCUCAAUACCUCUUCUCAUCAGCUCUAGUGCUGAUCAUUUCGAGCCUUCUCCCAUUCGGAAAUCUCAGCGACCUAGGCCUCUUCGAAACGGCCGUCGAGAUCCUCCGUUCCAUGAGCGCUCAUGGAAAUCUCGCCGCUGCUGAAUUCUACGCAAACCUAGAACGAAUCAAACAAUGUCUAGGGGAGAAAUGUAACCGCAGCACGACCAGCGACGUCCACAACUCCACAGAGCAAAUGAUUCCACGGAACACAGUCUCAGCCGUGGGUACUGCCCCAUUCGGACCUGACAUCCCAGGAGGAACUGCAUAUAGUAGUACAGCGGACUAUCCCUUCCCCAGCACCGCUAUGGCUACUGGCUUCACUACAGAAAUGGCCUUUCAAAAGCCCACUAUGCAGGAGUUUCUGGCCUUGUCGGAUAUUGAUCUUGGUCCAUUGGACCCGACGGGCAUUGCGGUCGGUGAUGCAGAUGCGAUAAAUGCGUACUCGUUAUGGACCGAGUGAGAAAGCAAUUAUUCGUUAUGCGCUGUCAUGUCACCUCUAAGCAUAGCAGCUCGCGCUGCACUUACACCAAACUACUUAGAGGCCAUAACUAAUAGCGGUGGACUUCGCGUCGAGGUCCUUAGCGUGACUCUACAACUCAGCCUCCAGCUGGGCCCUGUUGUACCUCUUUACGUCCGCAUAUCGGACUAAUAAUCCAACAGUUAUCGGCAAAGCAGCAGCAGCUUGCUGUCCGUCGCGCAUUGGCUCUAACUUAAGUAGGAAGAAUAAUUUAAUUACCUCGGCCAAGAGGGCGCUUGCCGAAAGAACCGGGGAUUGGCUUCGGGUCCGGAUUUAUGGCUUUGGCAACCGAGGCUUAUUCUCAUUUUGCGCUGGUCUCAAUAAUGUAGUACGUAGUAAUAAUAAAGCCAUUAGAGGAAAACACUGGCCUUCAGCAUCAU